GAUAUAAUUAAAAUAAAGAUGAGGCCUCCGUUAGCUUGACCCUCCUGCAAACCCUAGGAGGGAGCAACUAUACCCAUUUCACGAUCCCCCGAGCAUCAUCGCGGGGCCACAGCGCAUGGUCAUCUCGUCACCUGCUCGCACCGUUUUCUUCUGAUCGCCGGUAUCCAUAAUUUGCCCAUUUCUCCUUCUCACGGCUGUUAGCAUUCCUUGUAGACCAACCCUAUUCUGUUGCUGUUGCCACCUUUUUUUUUUUCUAGAUUCCUCCGUUGCAAUUGGCCAGUGUUAUCUGAUCGAUAUUCCCUCCUCUUACCCUAUCCUUUCAUCGACUCUCGUUCUCGCAAGCCCAUCUCAACACGCCUUGCAAUUCUUUUACCAGAAUUUGUGGUUCGGUUGCGGAAUUAUUAGCAAACAACAACAAAAGAAUCACUGCAAUGGCCGCUUAAUAGCUAACGAGUCACGACUUAAUGAAAUGGGGAGAGGAGGAAAAGUAGUAUGUAAAAGGUCUGCUGGCCGCCCCAAGAAGAAGAAUCACAGGGAAGAAGAUGAGGAUGACGAGAGUUAUGUCGCGGAAGAGGAAGGAAGCUCCUUUGAGUCCGAUGGUUCCAAUGGGGAGAGCUUUGAUGCUAGCGAGGUAAAUACUAGUGCUAGUUCGGCUGCGGAGGAGGAGGAGAUACCUAAUGCCAAGCCAAAGUCAAGAAGAGGCUAUUAUUCCGGCCGGCGAAGAUCCAAGCUUUCAGAUUACGAGGAUUUGGAGGACGAGGAUUACGAGGAGGACGAGGAUUUCUCGCCGGAUGCGACUGACAACGAGGAUUUGGAAGAAGAUUCGCUGGCCUUGGUUGAGAUCCGUGGUUUUGCGAGGGCAGGGGCUACUAAACAGGGAGGAAGGAAAUUUAAGAGGAAGGCUUCAAAUCCGAAGGUUAAUAGGAGAUCGAGUAAAGUGGCCUCCGAACCGGUAAGGAGGAAGCGGAUGAGAGCGGAGGCAAGCUCGGAUGAUGAAGACAGUUUUAUUGUAAAGGGCAGGACUGCGGUGAAGAGACUUAGAAAAGAUUCGAAGAAGGUGAGCAAGAGGACUGUAAAGUCCAGAUCAGCUAGGAAAAAGAGAUCGUCAAUCCAUUCAGAUUCGUUUGAUUCAGAUUUCUUGACAUCUGAUGAUGAUCUUUCCGCUAAGGUUCGGGUUGAGGUGGAUAGCCCUAAGAAUAAAAAGAGAACCAAGCCCGUGAGGAGAAAGAAGAAAUUAAAAGUGGAUUCUGAAACAUCAGAUUCUGAUUUUGUGGUCUCCAAUGAAGACCUUUUGGACAAUGAUAUCGCAAUGCCUACUAUGCCGAGGAAGGUUAACAGGACUGAGAGGAAGAAUGCGAAGACAUCUAGGAAACAACCGUCAGUGGAAUCCGAUUGCACUGAUUCUGAUUAUGAGGUUUCUGAAAAUGAGGUGAAGGAUCUGAAGACUGAGAGGGUUUUGAAUAUGCGGAAAAAUGAGGGACGUUCUGGAAAAAAAGGGAAGGAAAAAGAAACAGUUGAUAUAGCGAAACAGCUUUGUGGGAUUUGUCUGUCUGAGGAGCAAAAAGGGACCAUUCAAGGAAUUUUGAACUGCUGCUCCCACUACUUCUGUUUUUAUUGCAUUAUGGAGUGGUCCAAAGUGGAAUCUCGCUGUCCUCUUUGCAAGAGGAGGUUUUUCACCAUUACCAAAUGUUCUAGAUCUGAUCCCAUGUUAGAAAUUAGAAGGCCUGUGAUAAGAGUUCAGAUGCGUGAUCAGGUUUACCAACCUUCUGAAGAAGAAUUAAGGGUUUUAUUGGAUCCAUAUGAAGACGUUGUUUGCAUGGAAUGCCAUCAAGGAGGAGAUGAUAGCUUAAUGUUGCUUUGCGACAUAUGUGAUUCUUCUGCUCAUUCAUAUUGUGUUGGUCUUGGGAAUGAAGUACCUGAGGGAAACUGGUACUGUGACUGUUGCAAGCUUGCUGAUGAAGGGUCUUUGCAUUCCCAAGUUCUAGAUACUCAAGGAGCAAGCAGUAGCCAUACACAUGGUGGAGUUGAAGAUACUUGCUCUAGAAAUUUCCAGAGCAGUUCAAUCUUUCAACGAUCAGUAUCCUCGCAAGGUCAAUCUUCUUCGCAGCGAUUUGAUCUCAAUGUGCCACCCAGAAAUUUCAUAGAGGAAAAUGGUGUUGUAUCUGCAUCACAGGCGUCUGGAGCUGGAGCAUCAACGCUUUCUAGUAGGCGCGCUCUACACCAGCGCAUCAGAAAUUUUCUUUCUAACAACAGGGCAAGGCAGCUCUUUCCUGGAUCUAGUAGGACAGACACUUCUUUGCAUACUGAUGCAGUCCACUCAGUAUCGGAACAAAGAGAGGAACAAUUAGAGAGGCUAAAUUCUUUGUGCACUGUUUCAGUGACCGAGCAGCGACCAGAACGCAGCAGGGGUUUUUCUCACUCCAACUCUGAUUUGGUUCCAUUCAUGUCUAAUGAAGGAAGAACUUUUCGACAUGUGGAUGGUGCCAAGGAGCAAAUCCAAUCCAUGGUUAAAAGCUGCCUAAAUAGGAUGCCUAGAGCGAAAUCUGACAUUUGUUGUAAUAAUUUGGUGAAGAGCUCUGUUUACACGAAGAUAGCAAGGAAAGCUACCCACACGAUUCUGGCAGCAUGUGGAAUUCAGCAUUGUAGUGCAGUAGUUUCCUCUUCCGUCCACCCUCCGGACAAAUGCCAGCACAGUUUGGGUGGCGGUCCAGUAAAUUUACUCACAGGUUGCUGCUCAUCUUGCUUGGGUGACUAUGUAAAAGAUGCUGUGAAGAUGAUUGUUGAAACAUUCUAAACUGUAUUUUAUCUGGGCGCCUGAACCCAACUAUUUUUCUCCCAUUUAUGGAUACGAAGUGCCCAUUUAUUUA